UUUAGAAAAUGGAUGGAUGGAAUUGAAGACAAAGCCAAGUUGAACCCUCCGUCCUUAACCCCAUUAAGUGGAUUUAGGAUGAAAUGGAGAGACAGGUUAAGGUUAGCAGACAACUAGUCCAGGUCUUUUUAUUUUUUGGUGAUGUCUUGAGUUUUUAAUUCAUAUAAUGCCCAGAGUUUGUUCAGCUAUGAUCACUUUUAAAGGUGGUUAUAUUGGUAAGCUGAAUAUUUUAUCUUUUUAUUUCAUAACUGAUAUUUGUCAUAUGUUUACUCUCAUUAAUCAACUGAUCUUUCUGCCACUUUCUUUUUUUUCCAUGUGGUGUCUUUAGUAUCCAAAAUGUAAUAAAAAAUAAACUCAAAGUGUUGAAAAUCUUAUGACUGAAGAAAACGUUUCUAAAAGAUCAUAAAACAAUCUCUAUUUUAGGAAGUGGAAGUAUCCACCCCUCGGCAUCAUCUCGCAAAUGAGAUUAAGAAAAGAUACAAACACUGCUUAGAUUAUUCACCCAGCUACUCAAAGACAGACGUAUCUUAAAUAUCACAGUAUAAACAAUGGAACCAGCCAAUACGAUAAAUGGCAGCAUGACAAUAACAAUCUCAUUUCCAAAGUCAUACCCUAGAAGUGAAGACCUGCCUGACACCUUUAACAUUGAGAGUAAAGAUCAUUACCAGCUGUUCCAGAAAAGAAAACCCUACAUUUCAGGGGUUAUUCACAUAACAGUUGGAAUGCUGACUUUAUGUCUUGGACUUGUUGUCUUUUUGGGAUCUGACGACAUUGUAUUUCCUGUUCUAUCUUUGUUUAAUAUACUGUCUUUAUUGAAUGGAGGACUUGCAAUAUGUUCUUCAGUUGUUCGAAAGACAUGUGUGGUCAAGUGGUUCAUUGCUAUCAACAUCUGCAACUUGUUAUGGUCAGUUGGUGUAUUUAUGGUAACAACAAUAAACUAUCAAUCUGAGAUUCCAUUUUUUACAGGACUCUUUGCUUUAUGUGCUGUUUGUCAUGGCCUGGAGCUCAUCAAUUGCUUUGUAUCAUGCUGGACUGCAUGCAGGGCACUUUGCCUGGAUGACUUCAAUACUAUGCCUUUGGUUUACCUGGAAUAUCCUUCGUAAUCUGCACUCACAAGCUAUGAAGAUGGCUUGGGGAGGAUUCAGUGCGAAGUUGCUCAGGCAAACAAGAAAGGUGCAUUUUGCACAGCGUAACCAAGAAAUCAAAGUGAAUUGACCCUCUAGGAACUAUGCUGCUGAUCGGUUAACUUUUGCUUCUUGCAGUUAGUUUGAAAAUAAUUUAAAUACAUUUUAGAACUUAAUUUUAUGUUGUCUCAUCUUUGACAGACUUAGUGUAUGGUAAUAUAUUUAUUCUUCUCAUUCAGUUAUAUAUAUAUGCAGGUCAAAUCCUGUUAUAGUGAAUACUGCAGUAACAAAUAAUUUUUAUUUGCCUGGACAAACGUUCAUACAACAUCAUGUUUAAUGGAUUUUGCUUGAACGAAAUGUAAAUUUCAGUAUAAUGAAUAUUUUUUCAGUCAAUUAUGGCCACUGGCUAUAAUAAUGUGAAGGAAUGUAAAUGUAAGAAAAAAAUUAGAAGUGCAUUUGUAUUUCUAUAAAAGAAAAAGUUACAUCUAUUUUCUCAUUUGAUUUGUAUUCAUACCUAUAUUUCUAUUAAAAAACCUAACGCUUCAUUUUCAAAUAAAAUAAUUUUUACAGUUUAAGAUUGGAUUGUUUUUUAUACAGGUGUUGUUAAAUUUGGGUUGCAUGAGAGACAGGAAGGAGAGUCCAGAUUUCCAAGGAAAACGCAGGUACUUUAUUACUCUAUAGAGAAGGCAGGUACAGUCUCAAGACUUCAUUCAAAAUAGUAGUUGGUACAUCAGUACUCAAGUACACGAGAUAGGGGCCAUGACACGGGUGCAAUCGUCCUGCUUUUGCUUCCAUCUUCAGAUUAGAAAAACACCAGUGGCUCGGAAUCACCGCUGCGGCAGACAAGGAGAGUGUAAAGAAGAGCAGGUCAAAGACACAAAGUACGUUACACAGUAAGUGUGGUCCUGCAGAGGACAACCAAUUACUUUGCCCUUGGUUAACUGUUUACCAAAUGCAGCAGAGCAGCUAUGGAGCUGUCCUUGUGGCAUUGCCAUUGGAGGUGGCUGGUGACCCUGAUCACAACAGUAUUCUUGUUUUCCCCAUAUUCGUUAUAAUGAAAUUUCUCUUAUAACAAAAUUUUUAUGGUCCCAUGAAUUUCAUGACAAUGGGAUUCCACUUGUUUAUAUCUCUCUAUAUAAAUAAAAUCCAACAUCUGUAUGUCUGUC